UGCCUUGAAGCCCUUGAAAACAAGACUCUAAAAUCUGGAGUCUCAGGACAGGCGGAGCUUCCUACGUUUACACAUCUAAUCUCUAGAGCUAAAAUGCAAGUGAAUCCAAGGAAGAAAGAGACUUUUAGGAGAUCAGCCCCUCAAAAGGAUGGGACAGCUGUGAUCUCAUUCCAGAAAGCUCCAGUACCCGCAUUCUGUCCUCCUGUGUCAAAAUCCAGCCAUUUUCUUAGUUACAGAAACACAUGUCUUUGCCCUUUGUCAUACUGAGCUCUUAAUUGGCUUGACCCAUCACACUGCUAGAUAAAAAGGCUACAAUCCCUAGACUAAGUAGGUCUCCAGCUGGGGUAGAAAGUCUCACCCAAGACAGGCAGGGGACGAGAACCUAGAGCCUGCUCCCUCACCAAGGCCCUUAUCGACCAGCUUUUGAGGAGGACUACAAAACUGAUACUCGAUCCCAAUUUACUUUUUCCUUAUCUUCCAUCUCACAGAUAGGAAACCCUAGAGAAGAAGCUUAAGGGCCAGAAGAAGCAGCGGAGAAGAAGAUAGCAGAAAGAUGGGGAGUGGAGCCAGUGCUGAGGACAAAGAACUGGCCAAGAGGUCCAAGGAGCUAGAAAAGAAGCUGCAGGAGGAUGCUGACAAGGAAGCCAAGACCGUCAAACUGCUACUGCUGGGUGCUGGGGAGUCAGGAAAGAGCACUAUCGUCAAACAGAUGAAGAUCAUUCAUCAGGAUGGCUAUUCACCAGAAGAGUGUCUGGAGUACAAGGCCAUCAUCUACGGGAAUAUGCUGCAGUCCAUCUUGGCUAUCAUCCAGGCCAUGUCCACACUGGGUAUUGACUAUGCUGAACCAAGCUGUGCGGAUACUGGGCGACAGCUCAACAACCUGGCUGACUCCACUGAGGAGGGCACCAUGCCUCCCGAGCUGGUUGAGGUCAUCAGGAAGUUGUGGAAGGAUGGUGGGGUGCAAGCCUGCUUCGAGAGAGCUGCAGAGUACCAGCUCAAUGACUCAGCAUCUUACUACCUGAACCAAUUAGACCGGAUUACAGCCCCUGACUACCUCCCUAAUGAGCAAGAUGUGCUACGAUCCAGAGUCAAAACCACAGGCAUCAUUGAGACCAAGUUUUCCGUCAAAGACUUGAACUUCAGGAUGUUUGACGUGGGAGGGCAACGAUCAGAGAGAAAGAAGUGGAUCCACUGCUUUGAGGGAGUCACCUGCAUCAUUUUCUGUGCGGCCCUCAGUGCCUAUGAUAUGGUGCUAGUGGAAGAUGACGAAGUGAAUCGCAUGCAUGAGUCAUUACACCUCUUCAACAGCAUAUGUAACCACAAGUUCUUUGCGGCUACUUCCAUUGUCCUCUUUCUCAACAAGAAGGACCUCUUUGAGGAAAAAAUCAAGAAAGUCCAUCUCAGCAUUUGUUUUCCAGACUAUGAUGGGAACAACUCUUUUGAAGAUGCAGGGAAUUACAUCAAGAGUCAGUUCCUUGACCUCAACAUGCGAAAAGAUGUCAAAGAAAUCUACAGUCACAUGACCUGUGCUACAGACACACAGAAUGUCAAAUUUGUAUUUGAUGCAGUUACAGAUAUUAUCAUCAAAGAAAAUCUCAAGGACUGUGGGCUGUUCUAAUCCUCAUCACUCCUCAAGUAUACAUUCCACAAACAGGCUUGGAAUCUGGUUCAUUUCAAGCAGAAAAAUCAUAGAUCAAUAUACCAUGGCAUGAAGAGUGAAUCCAUUCUCCCUUGGAGACAGACUCUACAUGAUCACAACUGUGUCCCAUAUAUUCUUUUCAAAGUGGGGUAGCUAGUAGUGUUUAAAGAAUACAAACCCAAGAGUCAGAAGACCCAGGUGCCAGUACUGGUUCUGCAAUUUACUACAAAGUAUAAAUAUUUCAUUUCUCUGAGCCUUGAGUCCCUCAUCUAUAAAAUGAAGGUAACUUUUCUACUACUUCACAGGGUUAUUCUUAAUGAUCACAAACAUAACUGAAGGGAAGGAACAUAAAAGCUGUGUGGUCAGAGUCACAGAAAGAAAUCCUAUGUAAAAGCAGCCAUUUAUGAAAUUCAAGACCAAGUUUUUAGAUGAACUAUCCCAAGCACAAUAGCAACUUUCCCUACUGUCUGGAAAAAAUUAAAAAAUAAAAAAUGAGAUCUCAGUAAACCUUACCACCAUUUUUUACUAACAGACCCUAUGUGCCUUAGCUCAGAGAUCUGGAUCACUGAAUAGAAGAUGUAAGUUUGUUAGUUUCUAAGGCACAUGUCUAAAAAUGAUCAUCUUUAUUAAGCAGACUCUCUCUCUGCCUCCCAACUACUGUAAAAACUGAGUUUCCUUUAUCUCUGUAAGUAACUGUCUCAAGUGCACAAGACACUUUCUGAAUAAAUUUAGAAGACUUCAACACACUCCCACUUGGAGUAUUAAUGAUUUUUAUUGCUACCACUUCUCGAUCACAGAAUUUAGAGUAACUGAGCAAACCUAGAAUUCUCAUUUCAACUGCUACAUGUUUCAGAACAAAAAAAAAGCAGCUGAUCUUGCUUUGGGCAUUGAAAAUCUUUGCAGUUGGAUCCAUGUGAUGCCUGGCUGAAAACAACAUCUCCCGAUACAGGACAACAAGUAAAUUAUUUCUUUGAACUCCUUUGAGGGGAAACAAAGCUUGCAUUUAUCUUGACAGGAGGUGGUGAAGUCAAGUACAGAUUUAGCAUCUACAACUACUAGUGAGGAAAGCUCCUGGCGUCCAAGAUUUAGUAUAUACAAGAAAGUGUCAAUUAAAAUGAAAAUCUGUUCCUUGCCAGAAACACAUAUUCACACUUAGCCUGUUACUAGCAAUAUUGAUACUAGAGAGCCAUAUGAGCUUGAAAUACACUGAAGAAUAAAUUUGCAGCUGUUAAAAUUGGACUCAUUUAAUCGUCUUUUUGAUUCCAUGAAAAGAAGUCAACUUGGGAGAAGUACCAGAGAAAUAAGGGAAAGUACUCUAUUGCCAAUUAUAAAACUUUACCACAUAAAAAAACCUGGGCAAGACUUCAUGCAUCCAAGAGCUCUGUUCAGGGACUGUUUCUAAAUGGCAUAUUCCAACUAUCACUAACCUGUUUUGCUUUAACUCCAUAUACAGGGGUUACGAGCCUUUUUUUGCAUGAUGGAUCCCUCCAACAGUCUGAUGAAACCUAUAGACCUCUUCUCAGGAUAUUUAAAAAUGCGUAAAAUUAUAAGGGAAACCAACAUACUAGGAAUAAAUUCUACCUUUGGAGCCCUGAAGUCCCAGGUUAAGAAUCCUCACUCCGGCUAAGAUCCUGUUUAUUCAGGCCCCAAAUCUAAUUUAUCUCACUUAUCCGAUCUUCAGAUAGGGUAGCCCAACUUCCCCACAAAUUGUAUCAGAUUGUUUACUUCUUUUAUGAUCUUCUCCUUGCUCUUUGACUCUAAGCAGGACUUGGUUAGAGGCCAAACUAUAAAAGCCUACCCUAGGCUUCUUGGUUAUGGAUGUUCAUAUACAACCGGCCCUAUAGUCCAAGCAUGAAAAUAGCCAAUGGGCCUGGUCUUCUGGUACUCUACUCACUCUGCUGUCUUUGUCUUCUUUUGCUUC